AUGACGAUCUGUACUUAUAACGCACGUACGGUUGCAUCAGAAGCGGCCAUCGAAGAUCUGAUGAUGCAAGCUAAGAAGAUCAAGUACGACGUUAUCGGACUCAUCGAGACGAGACGACGUCACCCUCUCAACGCCGUUUAUGAAACUGGAGAAGAAGUCUACAAUGAAGAAGCUUUCUAUAUGGACCUGGAGAAGUUCUACCGAGAAGAUCAUGCCUUCUACAAGGUCAUAAUUGCCGAUUUCAACGCCAAUUAUGGUUGGCCCAAGAAGAACUCUGGAGGAACUUCACAUCGGGACCCACGGCCUACAAUGGAACGACCAGGGGGAGAGGCUCUCCGAGCUCAUCAUGACGACUAA